AUGAGACAGACUGUGAAGACUGUGCAGAACAGGCAUCGCUCUGUUCGCACAGAGACACAGGAAGAAAAGGAGACGGCCUUGGCCAUGCCUCCCCUCCCUGCCCCCCUCCUCCUGACACUGCUACAGCUUGUAGUAUUCACAUAUGUGAGUGCUGGGGCAUACUAUGGACACAAGCAACACCCUCAGCAAUACCAGCAAAUGCAGCACCACAUGGGCAUGGGCAAAGAAGGCUACCCCCAACAGCAGUACCUUGGCAAAGAGAUGCCCUACAUGCAAUAUCCCCACUACAGGAAGGAGCUACCCCAGAUCCCAAUGCAGAAGGGCAAAGAAAAUCCUCGUAAAGGGGGCAGCUACAAUGGUGGUCAAGACAAAGGUCAGACAAUCCCUAGCGGUGCUGAGGGGAUUCCACAGGGAGAACUAGGCCCAGUUGGGCCUCCUGGGCCAGAGGGACCUCAAGGACCUCCUGGACCUCCAGGGAAUGGACAGCCAGGACCCCUAGGAAGACCUGGACCUCCUGGUCCACCUGGAGUGCCUGCAGUGGGAAAACCAGGUUUGCCAGGACUACAAGGCAAGCCAGGAGGAAUAGGGGAGACAGGCCCCCAAGGAGAAAUGGGUCCAAGAGGUGAAGAAGGGCCAGCUGGACAGCCAGGGCCUCAGGGUCCCCCAGGACCUCCUGGACUACCGGGAAUAGGUAAACCAGGGGUACAGGGAUUACCAGGCCAGCCAGGCCUGAAAGGUGAGCCAGGACACAAAGGUCUUCCAGGACUACCAGGAUUACCAGGACCCAAGGGAGACAAGGGGAUGGGUCUGCCAGGCCAACCUGGUCACAAAGGCUUCCCAGGGCCCCCAGGACCUGCUGGGCCAAGGGGGUUGCCUGGUUUUGGUAAGCCAGGAUUGAACGGGGGUCCCGGGCCACUGGGACCUCCAGGAGAGAAAGGGCAUCCUGGAGAGCAAGGGCCAGCUGGGCCACCUGGUGAUGGAGGACAGCCUGGUCCACCAGGUCUACCUGGUCAAGGGAAGCCAGGUCAAAACGGUCUGCCAGGACAGCCAGGCAUGCCAGGUGCAAAAGGUCAUCCAGGACCACCUGGCUUGCCUGGAAAGCCAGGACUGCCCGGAUUUGGUAAACCAGGACUCCCAGGACCAAAGGGCGAUAAAGGUAUGGGUGGGCUACCUGGAUCUCCAGGACCAAAAGGAGACAAGGGCCAUGGAGGACUACCUGGUAUGCUUGGACCUCCUGGACCAAAUGGUCCACAAGGUCCUUCUGGCCCAAUUGGACCCCCAGGAGGUAUAGGUGCACCUGGUCCUCAGGGAGACUGUGGUGAAGGAGGACCUAAAGGGCUUGAUGGAGCCCAGGGGGAACGUGGUCCUCCUGGGAUAGCUGGUAAGGAUGGUCUUCCUGGUGAGCAGGGAGAGCCUGGCCCAAGGGGUCCACCAGGACCAAAUGGUCCCAAAGGAGACAAUGGGCAUAAAGGUCUACCUGGUAAUCCUGGUUCUUCAGGACUUCCUGGACCAAAAGGACAAAGUGGAAUUCCAGGUGAAGAAGGGCCUCAAGGUCCUAAAGGAAUUCCUGGAAUGGAUGGUGCAGCAGGACCAAUUGGGCCUUAUGGUCUUCCAGGACCAAAAGGAGACGGUGGUCUUCCUGGUCCACCAGGUAUUGCAGGUGAGGGCAUUCCAGGUCUCCUUGGUCCCAUAGGACCACCAGGCAGAGAGGGUCCAUCAGGAUCCCCUGGACAACCAGGUCAGCCUGGGCCUCCCGGACCCCCAGGUCCACCUGGAGAAACUGGUCUGUCUCCUGACAUGGCUGGAGUGCUUUCUCAGAUGGGCCCUGGGCUAGAUGGUGUUAAGACUGGUGGUUAUGGUAAGAUGGGCAAAUAUGGAGGUAAUGGGGCAGAGGCAAUGGGUCCCAGUGGGUUGGAAAUGCCAGCAUUCACAGCUAUAGCAACGACUCCUUUUCCACCUGUGGGCACUCCAGUCAUCUUUGAAAAGCUCUUGUACAAUGGUCGCCAAAACUACAACCCUGAGACAGGAAUCUUCACCUGUGAUAUGCCAGGCAUUUAUUACUUUGCCUACCAUGUUCAUUGCAAAGGAGCUAAUGUGUGGGUGGCUUUGAUGAGGAACAACGAGCCUGUGAUGUAUACUUAUGAUGAAUACAAGAAGGGUUUCCUGGAUCAAGCAUCAGGGAGUGCAGUAUUACCUCUACAACCUGGGGACACUGUGUAUAUACAGUUGCCUUCAGAUCAGGCCUCAGGACUUUAUGCUGGGCAGUAUGUGCACUCCUCCUUUUCUGGGUAUUUGUUGUAUCCAAUGUAA